AUGGGGGACUGGAACCUUCUGGGGAGUAUACUAGAGGAGGUCCACGUUCACUCCACCAUCGUGGGCAAGAUCUGGCUGACCAUCCUCUUCAUCUUCCGCAUGCUGGUGCUCGGCGUGGCGGCCGAGGACGUGUGGGUGGACGAGCAGAGCCAGUUCGUGUGCAACACGGAGCAGCCGGGCUGCAAGAACGUCUGCUACGACCGCGCCUUCCCCAUCUCGCUCAUCCGCUUCUGGGUGCUGCAGAUCGUCUUCGUGUCCUCGCCCUCGCUCGUCUACAUGGGCCACGCGCUCUACCGGCUGCGCGCCCUCGAGAAGGAGCGCCACCGCCGCAAGGUCCAGCUGCGGGCCGAGCUGGAGGAGGUGGAGCCUCUGCUGGACGAGCACCGGAAGCUGGAGAAGGAGCUCAAGAAGCUGGAGGAGCAGAAGAGGGUGAAGAAAGCCCCCCUGCAGGGCUCUCUGCUCCGCACUUACGUCAUUCAUAUCCUGACCCGAUCAAUGGUGGAGGUGGGCUUCAUAGUGGCUCAAUAUAUCUUAUACGGCAUUGGCCUCAAUGCUUUGUACAAGUGCGAGACUUUGCCUUGUCCCAACAUGGUGGACUGUUACGUCUCGCGGCCGACGGAGAAAACUAUCUUCAUGGUGUUCAUGAUUGUAAUCGCGUGCGUGUCCCUGUUCCUCAACCUGAUGGAGAUAUCGCACCUGGGCGUGAGGAAGAUCAAGCAGACGCUGUCGGGCCUGCAGUCGGCCGGCGGCCAGAGCCCGGGUCACCUGCCCUACAAGCCCACGCUGCAGCAGCUGUGCGUGGUCACUAACAUGUCGCCGCAGAAGCAGAACCCGGCGGCGCUGGGCCAGACGGGCUACAUGCACGAGGGCCACGCCGAGCCGCCGCCCCUCUACCUGACCGCCCUGGACCCUCGGCAGCUGCGGCUGGCCAGCCAGGGCCGCAUCCAGGGCCUGCGCUUCCAGAUGCCCCUGGAGCAGCCGCCCCUGGGCCUGCAGCACGGCAUCUCCGAGAGCCAGCCGCAGCUCCAGCUCUCCCACCAGCAGCACCAGCUCCAGCACCUCGGCACCAGCGACACCCUGGGGGAGGCCCACGGCCGGCUGCUCAGCUUGGCCCAGCAGCAGCAGCAGCAGCAGCAGCAGCAGACCCACGAGGGUCCGUACCCCGGCGGGCCCCUGCAGCCCAACCACCUCUCCAUGCCCGCGCUGCCCACGCACCUCACCCAGCACCGGCCCAGCCGCGUGCUGGACAUGCUGGAGGCCCGCAGGGACUCGUCGGACAGCGACGUGCUCUACCCGCCGCACCCGCGCAAGGCCAGCUUCAUGGCGCGGCUGCCCUCAGACAGCGGCACGUCCGACGUGUCCAGCUGCCCGUCCAGCCAGAGUUCGGAGUCGGAGCUGGGCUCGCUCAACAACGUGUCAAUGAACCCGCCCGGGGGACGCAGAAUGUCAAUGGCAAGUAAAGCCAUGCGACCAAAGGCUUCUGACCUACUGGUUUAG